AUGAGAGAGGCAGAAAUGGGUGCAUUUGUACACUCCAGCUCCAACGACGAGGCCAGCCACGACGGUAUAGAUCUUGAAGGCGGAACUGAGAAAUCAGCAGCCCAACACUCAUCGGCCUUUAAGCAGCUAGGGAUUCUGGAUCGCUUUCUAGCAGUAUGGAUUUUCCUGGCCAUGGCAGUGGGUAUCAUUCUGGGGAAUUUUGUCCCCAACACCGGUCCUGCGCUUCAGAGAGGAAAAUUCGUGGGCGUGUCGGUGCCUAUCGCUGUUGGCCUCCUGGUCAUGAUGUACCCGAUCCUAUGCAAAGUCCGAUAUGAGAGCUUGCACCGAACCUUUCGCAAGAAAGAACUUUGGAUCCAGAUCGCGUUCAGCGUGGUCGUCAACUGGAUUAUAGCUCCCCUCUUCAUGCUGGGGCUUGCAUGGGCAUUCCUUCCAGACGAAGAAGGUCUUAGAGAGGGGCUAAUUUUGGUUGGCAUCGCGCGGUGUAUCGCAAUGGUGCUCAUAUGGACAGGUCUGGCGGGAGGGGAUAGCGAAUACUGUGCUAUUCUCGUGGCAAUCAACUCCAUACUGCAGAUGGUAUUGUUUGCGCCGCUCGCGAUUCUUUUCAUCCACGUCUGGGCAGACGAGGACGAUGGUGUGAUCGGCUAUUCGCUCGCAGCGAAAAGCGUCGGCGUAUUCCUCGGGAUCCCACUCGGUGCGGCGAUUCUGACUCGGUUUGGCCUGCGCAGCAUAUUUGGAGGCAAAGCAUAUGAAAAGUUCUUGUUGUGGAUCAGUCCGCUAUCACUGAUCGGUCUGCUCUUCACAAUCUUGGUCCUGUUUGCUUCUCAAGGACGACACGUGGUGCAUCAGAUCGUGUCGGUGGUGCGGGUAGCAGCUCCGCUGGUGGUGUAUUUUGCGACCAUCUUCCUGCUGACUCUAUUUGUCACGCGGCGCUUGGGAUUCGGGUAUAAGCUGGCCUGCACACAAAGCUUCACAGCGGCCAGUAACAACUUUGAGCUAGCCAUUGCUGUUGCUAUUGCAACGUUUGGCGUCGACAGCGAUCAGGCGCUCGCGGCUACCGUUGGGCCACUGGUGGAGGUUCCUGUGCUCCUAGGCCUGGUAUACGCCGUCAAGUGGUUCGGACGACGGAAAAACUGGUAG